AUGAAAAUCGUUUUGCCAACUUCGGAGAUCGAUGCACAUUCACAUUGGCAGUGCUGAAAAUCACAAUUUGUACAUCAAUUACUGUUAGUGUCUACCUCCGAGGGGGUUUGAGUAUCAAAUGUUAUGGAGAUAGGGUUGAGAGAUCUGAAUAAAAUUUCUUUUUAGUGAGAAUACUUAAUAAGAAUAUACCAGAAUGGUAUUCAAUGUUGGUGGUCGUCAGAAUGUGAGGAUUUUGCUUGUAGGGGAGAGAAGUGUUGGCAAGACUUCCAUUAUUUUAUCAUUGGUUAGUGAAGAAUUUACAGAAGAUGUGCCAGCAAAAGCUGAAGAAAUUACCAUUCCACCAGAGGUCACACCUGAGAAAGUUGCCACAUGCAUUGUGGAUUACUCAGCUGUGGAACAAACGAUUGAAGUGCUUACAAUGGAAAUCCAGCGUGCGCAUGUGGUUUGCAUUGUUUAUGCUGUUGAUGAUGAGGAAAGUUUUGAAAAAGUCAGUAGUUAUUGGUUGCCAUUACUGAGAAAUGUCUGUUCGCGCGAGGCGCGUCGUCCAGUCGUAUUAGUUGGAAACAAGACGGACCUGAUCGAUGUCUCAACAAAUGAUCCUAUGUUCAGAAUCAUGGAAGAAUUUCCAGAGGUUGAAAGCUGUGUAGCGUGUUCAGCCAAAACACUGAAUAAUAUUUCAGAGAUGUUUGUCUACGCUCAGAAAGCUGUGCUGCAUCCGACGUCUCCAUUGUAUACAUUUGAUCAGCAGCAAUUGACUGAAGCAUGUCAGAAGGCUCUCGUUAGAAUUUUUAAGCUGUGCGACGCGGACAAUGACGGACUGUUGAAUGACGUCGAGUUAAACAGUUUCCAGCGUCACUGUUUUGGCGCUCCUUUGCAGCCAAGAGUCUUGGAUGAUGUGAAAGUGGUUUUACGUAAAAACAUUUCUGAUGGUGUAGUCGAUAAUGCCAUCACACUCAGAGGAUUUCUGUUCCUUCAUUGUCUUUUUAUCCAGCGAGGUCGUAUUGAGACGACAUGGACGGUUCUGCGAAUGUUUGGAUACAUGGACAACCUUGAGAUAUCAAAAGAGUUCCUUCGACCUCACAUCGUUGUUCCUGCGGGCUGCACUACCGAACUAUCCCACAAAGGUCAACAGUUCUUGUUGACAGUGUUUGAACGUUUUGACUCCGAUAGAGAUGGCGCCCUUUCACCAGCUGAAGUACGCAGUUUGUUUACGACGUGUCCUGUACCCAUGUGGGGUCCUGACAUCCACCGUACUGUUCCAACAAAUUCGAAGGGCUGGAUAACAUUACAAGGUUUCAUGUCGCAAUGGGUACUUGUCACUUUGCUUAAUCUGCCAAGAGCGCUGGAGUACCUAGCAUAUUUAGGUUACCCUAUUUCUGAGACUGAGAAUCAGCUAUCAGCAAUACAAGUGACCAGAGAUAAGAAACUGGACUUGGCCAAAAAGCAAAGUAGUCGCAGCGUUUAUCAAUGUCAUGUGAUAGGCCCUCCUGGAUCAGGGAAGUCCAUGUUUUGCCGUAGUUUCAUAGGAGAUAACGUGGAGAGCAUACAGUUGUCAGAACUGGAAGGCAGUCCUCAGUGCACUGUUAAUGCAGUUCAAGUCUAUGGUCAGGAAAAAUUCCUUAUCCUACGAGAUAUCGAAGUGCACGAUGUGUUGGAGCCACUUAAGCCCUCGGAAGUACAGUGCGAUGUUGCUUGUUUGCUGUAUGACGUCAGCAAUCCAAAGUCUUUUGAGUAUUCUGCGCGCAUCUAUCUAAAAUACUUUGCUGAUAGCAAGAUUCCUAUCCUCAUAGUUGCCACUAAAAGUGAUCUGGAAGAAACACGUCAAGAUUAUUUACUUCAGCCAGCUGCUUUUUGUAGUCACCAUAAAUUACCGUCACCUCAGCCAUUCACUGCAUCUGGAAAAAUCAAGAGGGAGAUCUUUGUUAAACUGUCAACCAUGUCUGCCUUCCCCAACCUUCGCCGUUUGGUUCAUGUUCUUCUCCUACGUCCGUCACCUCGUCAGUGGUUCACUCACUGUUUCAGACACUUAAAACAACUUGGUCUUCUGAGCGGUAACUCGGCAGUGUGGUGGAAGGCAGGCCUCGGAAUCGUAGCGGCUACAGCCGUUGGUCUUCUUGUUGCGAAAGCUCUCCACUCGGAUAAAUGAUAGUCUUAACUUGGAAAAUCUCCAAGUGUUCGGUUCUGUGUGUUAUAGUGAAAACGUGCAUGACACUCGUGACAAUGAACAGGAGUUAUUUUAUAUAUGGUUAUUUUUACAAGAAAUCUGAAAAUCACUGGUGCUUUAAAAAUGCCAAAACAUUACUAUUGAUAUAGCAUUGUACAAUGAGUUUAUGCAGUAAAUAUAGCUUAAAAGUAUUCAAGGAAAGUACAAACUAAGUAAAUUUUAGUGCUGCAUUUUACAUUAUGAGUGCAUAAUGUUGAAAAUAUAUAAUUUAAUAUAGCAUAGAUCUCAAAUACACAUAAACCUCCUUACAGUCCUUUCAUGUCCCUCGGUAAGUAGCUUUAACAUUACUUUUGUAUUUUCUCAUUAAGAAUUUUACAGAAAUAUGUUGUAGUUUGUUUAAAGUCUGAUACUUUAAUAUUUGUCUUAAUGUUUUUAAAUGACUCAUCUUGAGGAGAUAUCUAUUGUUUGGAUGUAGGUAUGUAUUUUGUUGUCAUCAUUGAUUGUGAUUUAUAAAUUAAACUAUAAUUAGGUGUUUUAUUUACUAAAAUUAAUUUAAAUAAGGAGGCAAUCCAUUCUGAAAGUAGGUGAUGGUCAUCUUGAUUUCAUAAAACAAGAUUUCCUUACGUUUUUCUGUAGUCAUGUGGUAGACCCACAAAAAAAAACUUCUCUAUAUUUCACUUAUGACUAGAAUUUCUUGUAUUAGAAGUUUGUAAUAAAAUUUCUUCAUUUCAUAUCAGAUUA